UACUAAUAAAGGGUAGUGCACUGAAGAGUAAAGAGGGAGCUUUUAGGAACAAAGUGCCAAAUGUCAGAUGUUUAGAUACGUAACGACGUAAUGAGGGAGAAAAGAAAAUAACUGAAAGUGUAAGGAUCUCUGGAUAAAUAUUGCAAAGUUCAUUGGAUUUGUUUCGAUCUGUCAAAGAGUCUCCUUUCAUCUUCACGAUAGAGACGAAACUAAGACGUUUAAUUAAAGCAUACAAGUCGGAGACACAAUACGCCGCCGUGCAAAACCGACCGACGCCGUUGCCUCCGAUUCCAAGUUGUUCUAUUUCUCUUCGCUGUCAGACAAGUUGGAGAUAAAAUACGACGCCGUCGCUGUUGGCUCUGAUUCCAAGCUGUUCCACUUCUCGUCGCCGCCUCCGCCUGUUUUGAAUUUCCACCUUGCUUGUGUAUGCAGGAGUCCCUGUCACCAACUCACUAGCACAUACGCAGAUAAGGAUGACCACAGAUAUAUGUUCCUGAUGUGCAUAGAUGUAUCGGUGUAGAGAAGAAUGCUGUGUGUUGUGAUAGCUGGCUUGAUUUUUUGAAUGUUUAAUGUAAUAUAUAUUCUUAUGAAAAUCUUCUUGAUGAACCCCACUUAAGCUGCGAGGUAUUCCAGUCCAUGUUUGCUGAUGCCUGAUAAUCUGUCAUUGCAGUGAAGAAAUUUGGCCCAGUGUAAUGGAUUCUGGAUCUGCUGAUCUAUCAAAUUCACAACCUGUUACAACAUCAAAUGUAGCAAGAUCUACUGCAGUGGAGUCUGCACCGGUUCAGUCACCAGAAGAGGUGCCUUCAAAGCUCUCUACUUCAGGCAUCUCGUCAUGGGCAAAAAAUUUAAAAAUUCCACAACCGUUCACUGGGUCCCAAGAUGAACAAUCACCCGGAAAUGCUUCCAAAUCAACCUUUGCUCGUUUAACUGGUGGGCUCGGAAUGCGUCUGUCCCCUAAAUCUCCUACAGAUGAACAUCAUGGUGAAACAUCAACAUCGCCAACCAGUUUAUUUGGAACAUUCACCAAAGGAUUGGUUGACUCUUCGAAGAAUGCAGUGAAGGCGGUGCAGGUUAAAGCGCGACAUGUUGUAUCCCAGAAUAAGAGAAGAUACCAGGAAGGAGGAUUUGAUUUAGACUUGACCUACAUAACAGAGAAUAUAAUUGCCAUGGGCUUCCCUGCUGGUGACAUGAGCUCUGGCCUUUUUGGCUAUGUUGAGGGGUUCUACAGAAACCACAUGGAAGAAGUAAUUAAAUUCUUUGAAACUCAUCAUAAGGAUAAAUACAAAGUAUACAAUCUUUGUGCGGAAAGAUUGUAUGAUGCUUCUCUAUUUGAGGGAAAGGUUGCUUGUUUCCCAUUUGACGAUCACAACUGCCCUCCUAUUCAACUCAUUAUAUCGUUUUGUCAAAGUGCAUACUCAUGGUUGAAGGAGGAUAUCGAAAAUGUUGUGGUUGUGCAUUGUAAAGCAGGAAUGGCAAGAACUGGUUUGAUGAUCUCUAGUCUUCUUCUAUACUUGAAGUUCUUUCCUACAGCAGAGGAGUCUAUGGAUUACUACAAUCAAAAGAGAUGCGUAGACGGAAAAGGACUAGUCCUGCCGAGCCAGAUUAGAUAUGUCAAGUAUUUCGAACGCGUCUUAAUGUACUUUAAUGGAGAAAACCAGCCUGGACGCAGGUGCAUGCUCAGAGGAUUUCGCCUGCAUAGGUGCCCUUAUUGGAUAAGACCUUCUAUCACCGUAUCUGAUCAUAAUGGUGUACUCUUUUCAUCCAAAAAACAUCCAAGAACCAAGGAUCUAUCGCCUGAGGAUUUUUGGUUCAAUGCACCAAAGAAAGGGGUAGUGGUUUUUGCUCUUCCAGGGGAGCCUGGCCUUGCAGAAUUAGCUGGGGAUUUCAAAAUUCAUUUUCAUGACCGUCAAGGAGACUUUUACUGUUGGCUGAAUACAACAAUGAUAGAGAACAGGAAAGUCCUGAUGACAAGUGAUCUUGAUGGUUUUGACAAGAGAAAAUUACCAUCACCUGGUUUCCAAGUGGAAGUAGUCCUUGCGGACUAUGAUGCUGCCUUUCCUGCUCAACCACAAUCAGAAACUGCCACCAAAGAAUCAGCUGACAGUUCAAGUGCUAAUCCUGCCCCCGUGUCUAAUCCUACCUCAGGUAGUGAGCCUGCUGACGGAAGUAACAUGAACCAAAAACCUGGGAACAAUGACAAGGACGAUGUGUUCUCAGACAAUGAAUCUGAGGAAACUGGAAUGUCAAAAGCUGGACAAACUAAAGCUGCUUCUGAAGUUUGUGGUCCUGCAGAUGCAAAAACCCGUGGAUCCAAGAACAAUAACGAUUCAGAUAAAAUAUCAAGCUUGACACAUAAGACAGAACAAGUCUCAUUGGGAGACACAAGCUCUGUACACAGUGAGCCCAAAAAGGAUGCCUCAGUCGGAGCUACAUCUAGUGUUGAUGUGUCCAAUUCGGUUGGAGGAGUGAGCGAUUUCAAGGUCAUGGCAGCUGAUGCAUCUGUUUUCUCAUUUGGUGAUGAAGAGGAUUAUGAAAGUGACUAAAGAGGUCUGGUGUGCAAAUUCAUGAAGAUGUACAUAAUAGCUUGCGGGUGCUAGGGUCUAGCUUGUUGGAUUCUGUUCAUUUCAUUUAUGUUGUCAUUUUAGUUGUUCAUGGAUUGGCAUUUGAUUAUCAGUUUCGUACAGCUACCGUAGAUUACCCUGGGUUGAAAUUGUGCUAAAUUUGCAAAACCGUUCUGAAAGUUGUUAAUAGAACAUUAUCAAAUGUAUUUUACACUG